CCGGAACAUCCUACAAACCUCCGAAUACCCCGCGACAAUGGACUUCAUUAUCUGGGCUGUGUCUAGCCUCUUCCGCUGGAUGCGAUUGAAGGUCUACCAGUAUGAGGUGACCUUCUCCCUCUAUAUGCUUACUCCGAUCGAGAAGCUCAUCUUCAACACGCUGCUCCUUGGCCUCAUUGCUAUGAUCGCUAUGGGAACUUAUAUCUACCUCCCCGACCACCUCCGCGCCAUCUAUGGCCGCCUCUACUACUACUGGGCCGGCGAGCGCUUGUUCAGCUCCGGUCGGUUGUCCAUCAGCUCGGUCUUUGGGGAAAAUGGCAUGGCCACGCAAAUUGGGGACAUGGUGUACGAAACGGCAAAGAACGCCGCUGCCACCUCGACCGAGCGCUUGCGUGAACUGUGAAUAAAAGCCCGACAUGCAUAAUGGUUGCAUUUGCAUUCUCUAUUACCAAGAGUGAGGAAGCGUC